CAAGGGACUCCCCUUGGACUGCUUGAUUGAUUAUCUUUCAAGGAACUUGUGGCCUUGAGUGACCAUGAUGGAUGGCCACUUAGCGCCGCUGGCAAUCAAACCCUGUCAGCCAGGAAACAGUCGAAAGUGGUGGCUUUUGUAGAUCAGACUAUCUUUCAAGAAACACUAUUGGGCAUGGACAUGCUUAGAGCUCUGGAGCCGCUGCACCGCAUCUGCCAAGUGUGCGGCCUGUGGCCCUGGCGACUGACCUCCCUGCCGGAUACCGAGGGCAUCCUAUUUCGCAAAUCCCGUAUGCUGGAGCUGUACGGCUGGAGCAUUCUGACAGCUGCCAGCGGCUUCACCGUCUACGACCUCAUCCUGGAGAGCAACAGGGGCGAGCAGGACGCUGAGUCCCCAAUCUCCAGCAUUGGUCAAACUGUGGACUUCAUCCAGCUGGUGGGCAUGCGAGUGGCUCACAUGGCUGCUCUGCUGGAGGCGCUCUGGCAGAGACAAGUGCAUCGAGAGUUCUACAUGGAGCUGGGCGGAACUGACGAACUGUCCAAGGCGAUGCGGGUGAACGAGGAUGCUGGUCGCCUUCAGAUGGGGCGGCAGAUGACGCGUUGGGCCGUGUGGAUGCUGUGGGGCUAUGCGUUCAGUCAGGGUUUCAUCUUGGGAACCAAGCUGCUCGCCCCGGGCCACCGCUUUCCGUUCUACUGGCUCUGGUACCUGUUGCCGCUACUUGUAUGCGGCCUGCGCUACUUUCAGAUCUUCACCGCCGUCCACAUCGUCCGUCAGCGGCUGGACGAGCUUCUCGUCGCCCUGCAGCAGCUCCAACUGCAGCCAAAGAGCCAAGCACUGGAGCCAGCUCCCGGGGAACUGGCCGAACUGGUGCAGGCGACCGUUGAUCGGUUGGUUGCCGUGAGACUCGUCUACCAGCGGGUGUGGGCCCUGGUGACCCUGAUGAAUCGCGGCUACGGACUGUCCAUGCUGAUCCUGGUGGGCAAUGACUUUCUGGCCAUCACCUCCAACUGCUACUGGAUGUUCCUCAACUUUCGCCAGACGGCGACCACGCCUUACGACAUCCUGCAACUGGUGGCCAGCGCCGUGUGGUCAGCACCCCAUUUGGGCAACGUGCUCGUCCUGUCUCUGCUCUGCGAUCGAGCAGCUCAGUGUGCCAACCGCCUGGCCCUGUGCCUUCACCAAGUGAGCGUGGAUCUGAGAAAUGAGUCCCACAACGCCCUAAUUACCCAGUUUUCGCUGCAGCUGUUGCACCAGCGGCUUCACUUCAGUGCCGCUGGCUUUUUUACCGUUGAUUGCACGCUUCUUUAUACGGUGAGUUGGAAACCCAGAGAAAAUAUUAAUGAAACCGUGCUCCUCUAUUUCAGAUUGUGGGUGCCACCACCACGUAUCUAAUUAUCCUCAUUCAGUUUCACAUGAGCGAGUCCAACAAGGAGUAGCACCAUGCACCGUUCAUAAAAGAUGUUGUCUCAAUAAAGAAAAACCCUUAUCUUUCUUUUAAUUAAUGAGCAGUUUUGGCACAGCUGAUUCGUCCCAUCGUGCUGCCAACUAAAUUUAUUUUGCCUGGUAUUAGGGAUCUUGAAACCAGCUAAUUUGACUAUCAAAAUCGAUUUCUGACACCAGGCCAACAUAAUCCAUAGCAGGAUGCAGCUGUUAAAUUUAAGAUUACUCAAGUAGCUGUCCUUUUCUUAAGAUAGCCGUCCUUGGCACACUUCCCCCCACCGUGUUCCACCAAUCAGAAGUCAUCUCGCUGGAAAGAACCGUUACUUAAAAGUAGCAUCAAGCGUCGAUCAGCUGAUCGUUUUCCACUUUCUAAUCGGUUAUGUUUGCCUGGUGUUUCAAUUUAGUUCGUCACAAUUUUCUAGCGGAAAUUGUUGUUGUUUUAUACAAAUUAGCGCUGCAGCGCAUUCACCUACUUCGAAUUUCUGUUUUCCUGGUGUUUGGUCUCGCAAACACAGCCGAUUUUGCUUCCCAAAUCGAUUUGAGACACCAGGCCAACAUAACUCAUAGC